UCAGGAGCUAGAGCCCGCGGGGAGCUUGGGAAUUGGGAUACCCCUACAUAACCAAGAUGCUGAGUACCUCCCUGAGCCCGCAGAACGCCACCUGGUCAGACACCGUCUCUCUGCUCUUGGCUCUUGGCAUUCCUCUCUACUUGGGCUACUACUGGGCAUGUGUGCCCCAGAGGCCUCGUCUGAUUGCUGGGCCUCAGUUCCUGGCCUUCCUGGAACAACACUGUCCAGUCACUGUGGAGACUUUCUACCCCACAUUGUGGUGUUUUGAGGGACGGCUACAAACCAUCUUUCGAGUCCUCCUGCAGUCUCAGGCUAAAGUCUCUUACCAGAGUGAAGUCCUCGAGACCGCCGAUGGAGGCCAAUUCCUUCUAGACUGGGCUGAGCAGCCUAAGAACAGUCUCUACCCAGACCCCACCACCCAGCCCAUAGUAUUGCUGCUUCCAGGCAUCAUCAGCAGUAGCCAGGAGCCGUACAUCUUACACCUAGUUGAUCAAGCUUUGAAAGAUGGCUACAGGGCUGUUGUAUUUAAUAACCGUGGCUGCAGAGGGGAAGAGCUGCUGACUCACAGGGCUUACUGUGCCAGCCACACUGAAGACCUAGAAACAGCUGUGAGGCACAUAAAGCGCCGCUACUCGCAAGCUCCGCUGCUGGCUGUGGGCAUCUCCUUUGGAGGGAUGCUGGUGCUGAACUACCUGGCACGGACCAAGAAGGCUGGAGGCCUGGCAGCAGGACUGACAAUAUCUGCAUGCUGGGACUCCUUUCAAACUGUUGACUCUCUGGAGACCCCGCUCAACUCACUGCUCUUCAACCGGCCCCUCACUGCUGAACUCUGCCGGCUCAUCGCCAGAAACAGAAAGACAAUUAGAAAGGUGUUGGAUGUAGACUUUGCCAUAAAGGCCCGCACAAUCCGCCAGCUGGAUGAGCGUUACACGUCUGUGGCUUUCGGGUAUAGAGACUGUGCAGCCUAUUACCAAGCCUCAAGCCCAAGAACCAAGGUAGAUGCCAUUCAUACCCCUGUUCUUUGCCUCAACGCAGCAGACGAUCCCUUCUCCCCAGCCCACGCCUUCCCUCUGCAGGCUGCUCAGAAGUCUCCCUACGUUGCACUGCUCAUCACGGCUCGGGGUGGCCACAUGGGCUUCCUAGAAGGGCUGCUUCCCCAGCAGCACAGCUACCUGAACCGUGUCCUGCAUCAGUAUGCCCGAGCCGUCUUCCAGCACUCCGGGGAGCUGCCUGACCUUGGGGCACUCACUUCUGAAGAUGGAAAGAGCUGACAAGAGA